CGGAAACCCACGGUCGGUCUCGCUUCUCUUACCUCCCGUGGGACACAAGGCCGAAAAUUUCGCUAAACUCAUUGAUAUGCGUAACCUAAUAUGACCUUUCGAGGACCAAUGAAAAUCGACGUUAUCAAACUAGGCAAACAGUAAUGGCGGCGCCCAUGAGAAUAAUGUCGUUUUGAUGUUUGAAAGUGUUUGUAAACUAUGGCAGCCUCGGGGCAAGUAAAAGAAUGCUCCUUUUGCUUAUCUGUUAUUAAGGACAGGGGAUAUAGAGCAUUAGGCUCUAAAACGUCAACGGAACAGUAUAAUUAUGCAUUCACCAGAUUAAAUUUUUUCCCGACCAGCAGUUCAUACGCGUGCAAUCUAUGCACUAAUAAAUUAAAUAGAAUAUCCAAGAUCGAGGAAAGUGUGCGAGCGAAGGUGGAACAGUUGAAAGCUGAGAGGGAAAAGUUACUAGAUGUUCUAAGACAACAUCAACAACAGAGAAGUGGACAUGUUAAGCCCACUACACCAAGGGUGAGUGCUGUAAAAAGGUCGCUGGAUAAGACACCAACACCGAAAGGAAAAAGUAAAAAAGCUCUUUUUAAAACACCUGACAAACUACUGCACCAGAACCCAAGUCAUAGUCCCCGUUCAAAGUUACCAUGCAUUGAUGAGGAGGAUAAAUCAACACAAACACAGAUUGUCACCAAGAUUGCUGGAGCUGAUGUAAGUAGAGUAGUAAAAGAUGAAAAUUCUAAGGCAGCCUUAAAAUCACUGUUUAACAGAAGAUCGCCUCAUGCUGUCCUGAAGAAUUUUUGCAAAGAUAACAGCUAUAUGGAUGCGUUAUUUCAGUUAUGUGCACAGAAGCUGAAAAAAGAAAUUGACUGUGUAGUAAGCAAAAAAAGCGACCUAUUAAAAUGCAAAAAGAGUGAAAGUAUGAGGAAUCUUGACUGGUCUGUUGUGGAAUCAAAACUCAAGGAAGGGAUUCCUCAUCUGUUUACUAUUAUGAGCAGUUUGAUAGAUGUAAAAAAGAAGCAGAACCUUCCAGUGCUAAUAAUGUCAAUAGGUGUACUUCUUUAUGGCAGAUCAAGAUCAGUAAAUCAGUUACAGUACAUCCUUGGUCUAACACUAGACAAGUGUGGAGUGUCAAAGGAGGGUUUGAAAAUUCUUCAUGACCUUGGAAUUUCUGUGGCAAGCAGCACUAUCAACAAAGAAAAGAAACAGCUGAUCAAAGAGCAGGAGAAGAAGGUGUCGGCAACAAUGACAAGGGAAUAUUUCAACUAUUCUACACUGAGAGCAGUGCAUCAGACCAUGGUUCCCUAUACAAACUGAGGAAUACUAUCAACCGUCGGUCAGUGACUGGGUCUAAGGAAGUUACAAAUAACUUCAGAUCCCAUCAUCAAUUCAUCCAGGAUGUGACAGAUUCCUACAUUGUGUCAACAUUUUUGGACAUCAUGGACAUGGAGGAAGUUACCUCACAACCCUCACAUGCACCUGUUUUUUCAUUAAUGAACAAUGA